AUGGCUUCUGUUCAUGAUGAUGGUGAAGUUGGUUUUGAAGAAGGAAUGCUCUGGUUACCCUCUCAUGUUCUGGACGAGGCAUGCGGCACUAAUCAGGUAUGUAUGAGGAACCGCCAAGAAAAAGUCAAAAAUCAUAAGCAAAAGCAUCAACAGCAUCAUCAUAAAUCACCGGGAGAACCAAAACCACAGUACACAACAAAAUCUACCUCAAGAUCUUCGUAUCAAAGGCCCAAACUUGGGAAUGGUGGACCUGGAAUGCGAGCUAUUUUCUUAGGAUCUGGGCAUAGAUCAUGUGGCACUGGCGUAUUCUUACCCCAAAGAGCAGGCACAAACUCCCAAUCAAGCAAGAGGCCAGCUUGUGCUCCUGUUCUCCUUCCAGCCCGAGUUGUUCAUGCUCUGAAUCUUAAUGUGCAUGCAUUAGGUGUGCAGAUUUCACCCCAGCAAGUUUAUAACCCAAGAUGGCGAGAAGCUUACAAUAAUGAUUCAAUAGAAAAGAAAAGUGAUAUGAAAGAAGGGUCCAAGCAAUGUAGUUUUAUUUCUCAGAAUCAAAGUUCUUCUCCACAGAUAUUUCUCCCAAAGGAAUGGACUUACUAG